UGACAAGGCGCAGAUUGAGCGUCGCUUCGUCGGAGGCGCAGGCGUCGGACGGACGCCGCAAGUCCAUUCUGGUGCAGCACACCCCGGACACCAUGAGCCUUCACAGCCAGCACUCGGGGAACCCCCAUUACGUGAACCACGGUUUUCAGCACGACGACGGUGGCAAGCCAGCAAAUGGAGAAGGACCUCACAAGAAAUUCUCAAUGACGGAGUCGAUGCACGAGAAGUUGAAGCUGCCACUCCCUGACAACAUAGAAAAGUCCUGGUGGUUCAUCUUCUGCAAGAGGUGCCGCCAGGAGGAGGGCGCACCGUCCUGGGAGCCGCCGAUGUGGCAACGGCUCUGUCCGUACCCGUUCUGCCCCACGUACCGACAGUUCGCGCGGAUCCUCUCCCUGUUCCUCAUAGGGCUCCUAUGUUGGGGCAUCGUUUACGCUGUGUUGGGCAAAACCGCGGCUCCCGAAGGCCAGCUGUUCGGGCUCGCCGUCCUCUGCAUCGCCGCGCACUUCGGAGGUUGGCUGAUGUCUCUCACCACGCUGCCCGCCCUCAUCGGCAUGCUCAUGGUUGGAAUCCUCUUCCAGAACGUCGGGCUGGUCCACAUUGAGGGCGAGUACAAUGAAGUGGUCACGGUGCUCAGAAAGGUAGCUCUGGUGAUCAUCCUCACACGCGCUGGUCUUGACCUCGACCCCGCAGCCCUCAAGCGUCUCCGUAUCACCGUUCCGAAGCUCGGGCUCGUGCCUUGGCUGGUGGAGUGCGUUGUCGUUGCUGUCAUGACCCAUUAUCUGAUGGACCUGCCAUGGAUUUGGGGAUUUCUCCUCGGAUCUGUCAUAGCCGCCGUAUCUCCUGCGGUCGUGGUAUCUUGUCUCUUCAGACUGCGACAGAAGGGGUACGGCAUGGCAAAGGGAAUUCCGACACUUAUCAUCGCAGUAUCUGGUAUUGAUGACGCAACAUCAGUGGCCAUCUUUGGCAUCAUCCACAGUAUUAUGUUCACUUCAGAUACACUCGUUUUCCAAAUAAUACAAGGACCACUGUCCAUAAUUGGAGGCAUUGGAUUUGGAAUUCUUUGGGGAAUAUUAGCUAAAUAUGUUCCAGAAAAGCAAGAUCCAUUCGUGGUACCACUGCGCAUCCUGAUGCUGUUUGGCGGUGGUCUAAUUGCAGUUCUAGGGAGUGAGAGCAUUGGGUAUGGCGGCGCAGGGCCUCUUGGAUGCAUCACGGCCGCAUUUGUGUCCUGUUAUUUCUGGUCAAAGCAGGGCUGGGAGAUUGAAGACAAUCCUGUUGCCACAGCAUUUGAAAUAUUCUGGAUGAUUUUUGAACCAAUUUUAUUUGGACUAACUGGAACUCAGAUUAAAAUUAAUGAGUUGGAUCCUCACACAGUUAGCAUUGGUAUCUCCUGCCUUCUUGCUGGCAUAAUUAUACGCAUCAUCUCCACUGUCUUUGUUGCCAUAGGAGCAAAGCUUAAUCUCAAGGAGAAAAUAUUUGUAUCCCUUUCAUGGAUGGCUAAAGCUACAGUUCAGGCAGCUCUAGGUCCUGUAGCACUGGACUCCGUGCGUGAUCUGAACAGGCCCGAGGAGGAGAGAGAUUUUGCCGAGCGCGUGCUGGUGAUCUGCGUGCUCUCUAUCCUGCUAACGGCACCCGUUGGAGCCAUCCUCAUCACCCUGUCUGGUCCACGCCUUCUCAAGAAGACCACGACGCCCGUCAUCGUUGAAGGCUGGCGACGCAGCGCUCGGCCCUCUCUCAGGGACAUAUCCAUCAUCGACGAAGAUGACAACGGAGAGACCACGUAGUACAACCGAACAAUGGCAGUGCACCACUCUUGCCAAUAAGAAUAAUAUUCUGGAAAUUAUGAUGCAGAAUGUACUGAGUCACAUUCAAUUAUCUCUUACUGCAGCUGCCAAAUACACAAAGUGUCGCCAGACUGCAAAGAAGUGGAAACUGAAAGUGCCCAUAAGUUUCCAUUUUGGUUUUUCAGUACCAAACUGAGGGUGACUUAUGAAUAUCAGUAUGUCCUUUAGGCUUAUAUAUUUAUGUAGUGUCCAUGUUUCUGCUGGUCCAGAACAGACUUGAUUUCAACUCUGAAGUGCCCGGGUAUGUACAAACAGAAGUUUAUGUUACUGAUACUGAUGAUGAGUCCGUCACGUUAUCGAUGUUACCGAAAAAUCGGUCCAGUGGUCAGAAGUCUGAAAAAUCCAAAAAGGUAUUUUGUGGAAUGUAAACAUGCCUCCCGCAAUAAAUGGGAAGCAUUUUCUUCUAGUACUCCGGAAAAUUUAAAAUUUUCAUCAUAUGAAGAACACAGAUUUGAAGAGGACAGAGUAAAAGUCUUAUUUCCUGCUGUAUUUAACAAUCCUUUCAGUUUAGAAUGAUAGGAUGACAGUAAACUGGAAAGGAAGAUUUUA